CAAUUCUGGCGCAGCCAAUCAGAGCGUCCUCCACGGCUGAACGCGUUGACGUCAGACGUGGGGCGGAGUCCAGUUGUAACUUUUGGCGCGUUUCUGUGUGGAUCGGGAAGAGGACCGGGUCUUGGCCAAGACUCUUCAUUACUCAUUUCCUGGGCCACCUACCUGAUCCGCCUUCACACUUGUUUGCCUCAACUAUUCUCUUGACAGCAUGGAUGUGGAGGAAGACGACUUGUCUCUACUGACAUCCCUGCUGGAGGAGAACGAGGCAGCCUUUCCUUGUCAUUCAGAAGAGAAUACCUCCUUGUCUCUGGAAGAUGGCAAACCUGAUGAAUUUGAUGAGCUUUUUGAUGCUGAUGGUGAUGGGGAAUCUUACACAGAAGAGGCUGACGAUGGAGAAGAGGGAAAAACAGAAAACCAGGAGGAAAAUUUGGCCACUCUCUUUGGCGAUGUGGAGGAUUUAACAGAUGAUGAACUUCCUACCUUGCAAGUUGAAAGCAAGGUCCUUCCUGGUCCUGCUCCCAGCCAAGAAAAAACCAAUCAGGAGUUGCAAGAUGAAUUAAAGAAGUUGCAAGAGCAAAUGAAGUCCUUACAGGAGCAGCUAAAGGCAGCAUCAAUUAAACAGCCAAGUGUAGCCCGUUUGCACAAAUCACCUGAAGGUGCAUCUCUUCGGCCCUCCCUUAAGGAGAAGAAGGUUCGGAGAAUUCAGGAGUCAACAUGCUUUUCUGCAGAACUUGAUGUCCCUGCUUUGCCCAGAGCCAAGCGGGUAGCUAGGACACCGAAGACUCCUGCAGAGUCAUCAUCAAGGACAAGUACACCCUCCCAGCCACUCCAGAUUAUUUCCAAUUUUCUAGAGGCCAAAAGCUCCUCUUCAAGGUUAAAAAGUGCAUCCCCACCACAAACUGUUCCUGGAAACAAACCCAGUGGGAUGACUAGAAAUCAGAGCGUAGGAACCCCUGGGAAUACCGAGGAACGGGCCCCACAGGUUCCCCAGGUCUCCGUGGAAGCCUUCUCGGGCCUACGCCUCAGGCGACCUCGAGUAUCCUCCACAGAAAUGAACAGGAAAAUGACAGGCCGAAAACUGAUCAGACUGUCUCAAAUCAAGGAGAAGAUGGCAACCGAGAACCUGGAAGAAACGGACUGGGUGACAUUUGGGGUCAUACUGAGGAAAGUCACUCCACAGAGUGCUAACAGUGGGAAAACAUUUAGCAUUUGGAAACUGAACGACCUUCGUGACCUGACGAGGUGUGUGUCCUUGUUCUUGUUUGGAGAAGUACACAAAGAUCUCUGGAAAACAGAGCAAGGGACUGUCAUAGGGUUGCUCAAUGCGAAUCCCAUGAAGCCCAAAGAGGGCUCUGAGGAGGUGUGCUUAUCUAUUGAUCAUCCUCAAAAAGUCUUAAUUAUGGGAGAAGCUAUGGACCUGGGAACCUGUAAAGCCAAGAAGAAGAAUGGAGAGCCAUGUACACAGAUUGUUAAUUUGCACGACUGUGAGUACUGCCAGUAUCACAUCCAAGCCCAGUACAAGAAGCUUAGUGCAAAGCGGUCAGAUCUGCAGUCUACCUUCUCCGGGGGACGGAUUCCAAAGAAGUUCCGCAAAGGCACCAGCCUGAAAGAGCGACUGUGCCAAGAUGGUUUUUACUAUGGCGGGGUUUCUUCUGAAUCCUUCGCAGCGUCCAUGGCAGCAGCUAUUGCUCCUAAGAAGAAAGUUCAAACCACUUUGACUAAUCUGGUUGUGAAGGGCACAAACUCAAUCAUCCAGCAGACAAAACAAAAACUCGGAAUUCCCCAGAAGAGCUUGUCUUGCUCAGAGGAAUUCAGGGAAUUGAUGGCCCUGCCCACAUUUGGAGCCCGAAACUUAAAGCAUUUAGCCAAAGCCAAGGCUUCAGGCAUAAUGGGGAGCCCAAAACCUGCCAUCCAGUCUAUCUCUGCAUCAGCCCUCUUGAAGCAGCAGAAACAACAGAUGCUAGAAAUGCGGAAGAGGAGGUCAGAAGAAAUACAGAAACGAUUCCUUCAAAGCUCAAGUGAAGUCCAGAGCCCAGCAUUGCCAUGCUCAUCUCUACAGUCUGCUGCCCAAUCUCCUCGAGUUGGGGCCGAGUUCCCCAGGUUGGAAAGAACCACAGCCCCACGGAUGCCUAAGCUUGGUACAGGCAUCUCAGAAGGGGAUGACAUUCUCUUUUUUGAUGAAUCACCACCACCAAGACCAAAACUGAGUGCAGCAGCAGAAGCUAAAAAGUUAGCUGCUAUUGCAAAAUUAAAGGCAAAAGGCCAGAUCCUUGCAAAAACAGAUCCAAACAGUAUUGUAAGGAAGCAGAUGAACCGCCAAGAUGUGUUGGAUGUGAAGGAGCGUGCAGAGAAGAGCAACAUGGUUUCUCCUGAAGAUGAAUUGGAGCCUGCCAGAAAAAAAAGGAGAGAGCAACUUGCCUACUUAGAAUCAGAGGAAUUCCAGAAAAUUCUAAAAGCAAAGUCCAAGCACACAGACAUCCUGAAAGAGGCCGAGGCUGAACUACAGGAAUCCUAUUUUGAGCCACUGGUGAAAAAAGAACAAAUGGAAGAAAAGAUGAGAAACAUCAGAGAAGUGAAAUGCCGAGUAGUGACGUGUAAGACGUGCACCUACACCCACUUCAAGCCUCUGGAGACCUGCAUCAGCGAACAGCAUAACCUCCAUUGGCACGAUGGCAUGAAGAGGUUUUUCAAAUGUCCUUGUGGAAACAGGACUAUCUCCCUUGACAGGCUCCCAAAUAAGCACUGCAGUAAUUGUGGCCUGUACAAGUGGGAGCGGGACGGAAUGCUAAAGGAGAAGACUGGUCCAAAGAUCGGAGGAGAAACCCUGUUGCCAAGAGGCGAAGAGCAUGCCAGGUUUCUGAAUAGCCUUAAAUAACCCUCUCUGCAAGUGGUUUCUCAUCCCCGGCCUUUGUUCUUGUGGCUCUGAAAAAGCAAGAGAUUGGCUCUAUGUUGUCCUUCCUGAUUGACACUACGAGUCAGAAGUGCUUGAUGAGCACACUGCCUGCUCACUUCCCUCUGUGAGCUGGUUUGACAUUAUAGUUAAUAUUAAAUACAUGUUGGAAAUCAGUAUGCCAUGGUGUUUCCUGCUCGCACUUCAGUGCCUGCCUUACAGCAGUCACACAGAUUUUUGUUCCCAAACUGAAAGGUGACCAGAGAGCUGUGUUUCUGUGCUUCCUUGUUGGAGGCAGGGAAUGCAUUUUUUUUUUUUUUUUAAUCACAGUCGAGUUCAAGUGUUAAUAUGGAUGGACACCCAAGAGACAAAAGAGCAAAUUUAACAUGGCUACUGGCUUCCUUGUGUGUAAAAUGAAUCAAGUCACUGAGCCAGUUUGUGACUCCGUUCAUUGAUAUUGGAAGGGAAGUUGCUCUGCUCACAAUGCUGAGGGACUCUGAGAUAGAAAUACCUGAAGGUGGGUUCAUUUAAAAUAAAGCAGACAUACACUUGAAGCCGUAAAGCAUGACUCAAAAACCUACUGUGCAGACAGAAUCCUGGGGGUUGCAGGUAUACUUCAUUAUGUAUGUCAGGAAUCUGAAGGGUAAAACUGCUGUUUACCCCAGGAAACAGUUCUUGAGAUCUAGCCACCAUCCUCUUAGGAGUGUUGUACUUACAGGAGGGUUUGGACUUUGCUUUCUAACUUAAAGAAAAAUAGUGCUUGUUACUUGAAACUGCGAUUUGUACCUGAAGUCAGUGGGUGGCUCGGCUACCUGGCACUUGGACAGUGGGUUGCGCUUUGAGCCGCCUUUACUAUGCGGGACAGUGUUCUCAUCUGAACAGGGCAUGACUGGAGUCUUCACUUUGCAUGCUGUCUUUAAAAUGGUUAUAUGUUUACAAAGCUUCAUGGUGACCUCAGUCUAGAUGCCUUUGUUUUUAAACUUUAAUUUUAACUUUCUAAAUGAUUGGAAACACAGUGGAGCCACAUCCCACUUACACUGAAUAUUGGAAGGCUUUGAUUUCUGUGCAUUGUGUGUGUGGUUUCCCAGAAUAUUCAGGGGUAAGGAGGGGUAGAGAAAACAACUCAUGAGCCUUGAAAAUAUUCAUUAAUGGAAUUAGUCUUUUAAUCCUGCUUUUUAGUGCUUUUACCAACUAUUAAAUACUUUCAUACAAACUCAA